GACCAACCUUGUUUGCAGUCACUAUUAUGGGAUGGGUAUACCUAAAGCCUGAUCAAGUGGUUAUACUGGCAAAGGAGUUAUAUUUGGAAUAACUGAUGUCGGCAUCAACACGGAUCUGUUAGACUUGAAACAAAACACAAACGAAGAAUUAUGCUACAAUUUUGUAGAUAAUUCUAAAGACGUAGCUCCGGACGUUUUUCAUAACAUGUGGCCUGAAUCAGACAGUGUUGCAGAUCAUGGCAACAAAGUUGCAAGCAUUGUAGCAGCUACAAAGGGAAAUAAUCUGUGCAGUGCUGGGAUAGCUCACGACACAACGUUUGCAGCAUUAAAAAUAUUUGGAGUGAAAUCAUUUAAAGGUAUUGUAGAACUUCAUCCAAAGCAUUCGUCUCAAUCUGACAUCACAUCGAAAGCUUUGACUCACAGACUAGAUAAAAUUGAUAUAUUUGUGAAUGCUUGGAGAGCAACAAACACUUUCGACCACCUUGAUCUAGCUACAAGAGAAGCAUUAGCUUACGGAGUUGGAUCGGGCCGUAAUGGGCUAGGCGCCAUAUAUACGUUUCCAGCAGGACCUGUUGGUAACGGGUUAUCUAAUACAAACAACACAAUUACUGUGAAUGGUAUCGGUAUAAAUGGUACCAUACCAGAUGGCGCGCUAACUGACGCAAGCGUUCUUACCUCCGGCCUUUGGCAGGGAAACAAUUUGACAGCAUCUGAUAUGGUCACAACAACUCGCAACAACAGAUGUAUCACCAGUUUUAAAGGGGUUUCAGCAGCAGUAGCACAGGUUUCAGCAAUGAUUGGUUUAGGUCUCGAGGCAAAUCCUAAUCUAACAGUGAGGGAUGUAAAGCACCUGUUAGUGCGAUCCUCUGAACAUCGACGACUAAAAGAAACCAUAUCAUUUAGCAGAAACGAUGCUGGGCACCAUUUUCAUGGUAUAUUUGGAUUCGGUCUUUUGAACGCAAGCAAAUUUGUGUCACAAGCAAAAAGAUAUAUGGGUACUCCAAAGCUGGAAAUCCAACUUCUGGAACUGUCAAAAAAGAGGACUCGUGGACGUCACACUCAUGAGUUCAAGUUUUGCCACAGUUGUGACUUUAGUGAUGUUAAAGGAUGUUUGACUACAAUUGAGUACGUUAGUGUUAAACUGCAUUUUCAAACGUCAACUAAACUUUUGAAAGCAGAGAUUGUUUCGCCUCGCAAUACACAUUCGGUGUUAAUGGAUGUAUCCAUAGACAAGCAAAACCCACCAGUUUCUGUAGAGACGACGUUAUUUUCUGCCCAUUUCUGGGACGAGUUUGCAUUUGGGAACUGGAUAUUAAAGAUACACAGCCAUCUUGAUACAAGUGAAACAACGAUAAGGCAUGUUUCCUUAAUGUUAUAUGGUACUACAAAAAGUAAUGUCGCAUCCGAAAUCGAAUUAACUUUCUGCGACAAAUAUUUCUCUAAUACUUCAAAGUCUCCGCAACCAACAACUGCUCAGCCUCAGCCAGAAAGCGCACACAAGGAAGCCCAGGGAUUAUCUGGUGGAGUAAUCGCUCUGAUAAUUUGUGCAUCAGUAGUAGUAGUAGUAGUUUUCCUAAUCUCUAUAAUCUGUUACAAUCGGAGAAGAAUUAAUACUUCAGAUACGUUACCGAGUGAUCAAUCUGUACCUAGAUUGUCGCAACAAUUGGAUGAAAUAGAUAUAAAUGAAAAUAAUCAUGCACAAGAAGAAAAUUCACUUCUAGAUGGUGCCGAAAGAGACGACGAUGAAAUGAUGGAAGAAGAAAACAACAAAACAUAAUCAUUUAGAUGUGACUUUGUAGAUAAUCAACAUACUCGUUCCAAUAAUUAGUAAGCAAAUUUGAUAUAUCUUUACGAAUGCGCUGCUUAAAAAAUUAUUAAGUACUAUCUAACUUAGAGAAGAAAUACCACGCUGAACAUAAGUGAAAAGAGCUUAAAACACAUGUACGUACUUAUCCUGGCGUUAUCAAUAACGUUAUUUUACAUAACAUAUCUGCAAAACAAAACAAUCUUUGUAGGGUAGAGGACCACUAGAUGAUGCUACAUACCAAAUAUCAAAGCCCUAGGUCCUGUGGUUUUGGACAUGAAGAUUUUUAAAGUUUUUUCAUAUAAAAGUCUAUAUAAACCAUGAAACUACCAGGGCGAGGUCAUAUUUGAUCCUAGGGGAAUAAUUUGAAUGAUCUUAGUAGAGGACCUCUAGAUAAUGCUACAUACCAAAUAUAAAAGCCCUAGGCCCUGUGGUUUUGGACAAGAAGAUUUUCAAAGUUUUCCCUUUCGGUUUCCAUGGCAACAGAGUUCCGCAUGGAUUUCAAUUCUUUUGGGCAAUUUUGAAAGAGAGUAACCCAAGAAUCAUUCCUGUGAAGUUUGGUGUAAAUCUGCCAAGUGGUAUUGAAAAAGACUUUUUUUUAGAAAUUGUUGACACAUGACGGACGAAGGACGGCGCACGACGCACGACAGACAUUGAGCGGUCACGAAAGCUUACCUUGAGCCUUUGGCUCAGGUGAGUUAAAAAAAAAUAUAUAUAACGUUUUCUCGACGGUUUCAUUCAACAAACUUCCAUUCAAGAUGCGCUAUUCCUUGAUUUUAGUACAGAAAGCUAAAAUCCUAGACAAACGCUAUGAAUGAGUUAUCUUCCGUUUCUUCAAGAGUUUCCGUUAUAAAAGAUUAAAGGUAAGAGUAAAAUCAUCGAGCACCCGGACAGAGCCAUAGAGCCACGCUUUGCAAAUUAGGCCCAAAACAAAAAAGAAGCUGUAACGGAAAAAUAUUAUAGAUAUUAGGACCGCUGCAAAAUGUAACCGCUGUUCAUUUAAUUUUUAUGCAAAAUACAGAAAAAAGGGAGAGGAAGAGGUAGAAAAAGUGGGACGGGAGUGAGAGGGAAAAUAGAACAAGAAUGUUAAAAGGGAAUUCUACCUUCCUUAAACAUAGUUACCCAAUACCUUUUACCACAGCAGCGCAGACACAUACGUACAAAAGACAAACACACACACACACACGCACACACACAUAACUAACAUACGUAGAUAAACAAACAGACAAGUAAGAUAUAACAAUACUGUGGGUCACCGGCCAAGACACACAGACACACACGCACACACACACAGGUAAAAACAACAGUCGGGCACCGCCUAAAGACGACCGGCAGACAAAAUGUAGGUGCAAUUAUUGCAAAAACGGCAGGCAUACGCGAUACAUUAGAGACACUGACGACAAUUAAAUCCUUUGUGAUAAGUUAAGGGUAAUAAGAGUAAUGGGAGUUGUCUUAGUAGAUUUCCUAUGACAAGUUCCCAAGGUACCUACUGGACAACUUUCAAAAAGCAUGUACAUUCAUAAUUAUGGAACUAGAAGUAGCAGUGAAAAAAAUUCUUUGUACAAAUAGUUUUCAGUAACAUUGAUGUUAACACUUCUUAUCAUAAUUGUAUUCUGACCUGGAAUUUUCUUACUAGGCAUAAAAAAGAUGUCUUUAAAAAGAACGAAGUAAUGAGAAUACUAUAUGUAUAGUUGAAAUUUUUUUUGUGUUUUAUAGCUAGGCCAUCUUAAAUUUAUAACAUUUACGAUACAAAUAUAUUGUAUGAUAAGCUUUAGUAUUCUACUGUGGGGUAAAUUGUUAUGACCUUUAUUGAUGUUAAACAGCGUUUCCCUACUUUUGAGAUUUUCUAGAUCAUUCUAAUUACAAAUUUAAAAGGGCCCAUUGGAAAUAAGUCUUAGACUUUUAUGAGCUAUCCUGUAUAUAUACAUCUUCCUUAUCACUACUGGAUGCACAUGCCAUUAAAAGGGUCAUGAAAUUGGCCUUAAUUUUUUCAAACGUUUUUAACAGAGUUUUAACAGGUCACCAUUAAAAUUCACCCACUACUUCUUACUAUUUAAUGGGAUUUUCAUGACCAUAGUUUUAAUGCCAUACAUUAAAAAUGACUUUGAUGGCCAUGAAAAGCUGGCUGCUUAAAAUAAACCAUUAAAAUAAGUUAACAGGCUCCUUAAAACUCCAUGAAAAUGUUUAAUUGGCAUGAAAUUAAUGGCCAUUAAAAAGUACCCAUUAAUUCAACAUUAAUUAGUAAGAACUAAUGGGGCCAUUAAUUUUUUAAUACUCUGUUAAUGGCCGUUAGUUAUUAAAAAUUGAUUAAUGGUCUCAUUAAAUAUGUCAGAUACAAUUUUAAUUGGUUCAUAAUAUUUAUUUGUAUAUCAAAUUAAGGGCCAAGAAAAUUUGCCAUCAGAAUUAGACAUCUAAAGAAAAUCAGCUUCAUAUUUUGUGACUAUGUAUGUCAUCAUGGGCGUUUUAGUCUAUUUGAUUUGAAAUAAAAUGUCUGUCUGUAUGUCUGUCAUAUCAAUAUUUGCCGUAUUGAUUUAAACUACGUAUUACUACACAUGUAAUAGUAUCUAUACAUAUGUACUGUUUUGUAAAAUACUAGAAGAAUAGUUGUUUCUUCUUUUUUCUCUUAUCAUUUUGAAAUGUAAACACAUGUAACAGCCUCGUACAAACAUUUGUAAUAUUGUAUCCUUAUUCUGUCAAAUGUUCAUAUGAAAUGAGAAAAUAAAUGGAUAUUGUAUUGUAUUGAGUUGUACUGAGAAGGGUUUACAGGUACAGGUUUAAUAGAUCAAGUGACCAUGUGGGUAGUUUUAACUAUUCAACAUCAUAAUAUUGACAAACAUUCUGACCAAGUUUAUUGGUACAGACAUUAGGCAUCAGGUGUAUUCAAAAAUCAACUGUUGAUGACAAUGUCAGCGCACAAUGGGCAAUCACAAUUUAGCUCUACUUCAGUACUAUGUGCUCACGUGCAUGCACUGAACCAAGUAAGAGCAAAUGUUUGAGGGAUUGCAUCACAAGUAGCUUCACCCAUCUCCAAUCAAGCGUACCACACUCUUUGAUUCAUUGAAACGAAGAAGUGAUUGAUCUGCCCAUGCCACAUAUGAAUUUAAACCAGACUGUAAAUCUUCACAAUUAUGUGUACUGUACACUUCUCUAUAAACUUUAGUUUCUACUCAAGGAUUGGAAAAUUUGAAAAUCUAAACUAGUCUGAACACAUUUUAUAAUGUAAAUUCCUUACCCCACCCAUUUUCUUAUACAAAUGCUGAUUAUUUGGACAAGAAAAACAAAGAACAGAAAAAGUGACAUGCAUCAAUACGUAUUUAGCCUUACCAAAAUAUUGUAGAUUGAUGUUAUCAAAUAAAUUAAUACGUUUUCAUCCGACUUUCAUUGAAAUAAAUCCGAUUUUUUGUAGGAACACAAUCUGGCAAACAUUUGAAAAAAUGGCGUAACUGCAUCAAGGGGAAAUAACUUUAAUGCAACUAAAUGUAACAUCAUGAUAUAUUAUAGGCGAUGUGUGCGUAGUAUGUAUUUAUUGUGAUUAAAGUCCAUUUUAGAACAAUAUGAGACUGGAAUUAUAAGCAUUCAAUAGGAGAGCAAGCCAAAACCCAAAAAGAGAAUAUAUACGAAUCACAUUUUACAGAAUGUAGGAUUUAAUGGGCAUUACAUUGCUGUUAAGGGCCACUAAGUUUACUCUUAAAUAAACUCGUACUCAACCUGAACAUUUAAUGAGCAUUAAAUCAAAUAUAAGGGCCAUGAAUAAUCCUGUUAAAUUCAAUAUAUAAAGAAUUUCACUAUUUUUUCAAAGCCAUUAACUAUUUUAGCUACAAAACUAAAUUUUUAAUGGCAUGAUUCAAGGUCAAAAAUGGGUGUUUUAAUGGUAUUUUAACAUGUAUCCCAUUAUUAUUGUGAAGCCUGUUAAAUAAAGUGAUGCAAGAAUUAAUGGGGUUAAUUAACGGUUUUUCCUAUUUUAAUGGAUAUUUUACAGGGUUUUAAACCAUGUUUAAUGGUAUGUGCAUCCAGUAGUGUAUUACACUUCUUAUUUUCUUUCCAUGUCUGACUAAAAUCGGCUAAGAUUUUUGUAGGCAUAUGUAUAUGAAAGCUAACUAUGAUUCAUAAAAUGGUUACUACAAACAGUAAUAAGUUAUAUGUUAGUUAAUGUGCUCAAGUGAUUCUGUCAUAUAUUUUAAUUGCGAUAUUUUAUGUGAUGUGUUUGAAAUAUUAUGAGGAAGUAUUAUGUAUAUAUGCAAAUAAAUCUACCUAUCUA